AUGGCCUCUACAGGCAACGGUGCUACCGCUCAACUUCAGUCCCCCGACCAGCUGCUUUAUUUAUGCGAGGUGGUGCAAAAGUCGGAGGAUUACGCUCGGCUUCACCAGCUUCUGGCCUACUGCCGCGACGCCGCCCCUCCCAGUGUCCAACAGAGCGACACGGUGGUCAAGUGCCUGGCGGUGUUGGCGCUUCUUGAGGGUCGAUACCAGGAUGUUUUCACCAUCCUCCAGACCCGCUACUUCGCCCCCAGACAUCAUCCCCGUCUCCAGGAGCUCUGGCUCAGGGGUCACUACGAGGAGGCUGAGCAGGCAAGGGGGUGCUCCCUCAGUGCUGUUGGGCGACAUCGGCUUCGGAAGAAGCACCCCCUGCCUCCCACCAUCUGGGACGGCGAAGAGACAAGCUACUACUUCAAGGAGAAAUCGAGGAGGCUGCUUCGACAACAGUACUCAGAGAACCCGUAUCCCUCGCAGUGGGAGAAGAAGGAGUUGGCUAGACGAACGGGACUGACCGCUGUGCAGGUCUCCAACUGGUUCAAAAACAGGCGACAGCGUGACCGGACAGGCGAAUGUCUUUCCCCAGCUUCGUCAGUGUGA